AGUGGCCGCAAGCCCCACCACGCCAAGAAGAAAACGUGGAACUUCAUCCACGAGAAAGUGAGCUACGAUACCUUCUUCACCAUGAAGAGGCUGAUUGACCGCUCCAGGACAGUGGACGAGGUGCUGAGGUGGGUGACUCAGAACCCGGGCAAGGUCUCCUUCAAUCACUACCCCAUUGCCCUGCAGAAGAUCGGGCAGGUAGUGCAGCAGCAGUCCCCCAGCGCUGGCACAGGAGACAGUCACUACACUCGGGUGUCAGAGCAUGAGGACUUCCAGACCCUGUGCGACUCCAUCAUCAACGACUGCUCCAAGUUCGAUAACUUCAGCAUUGUGAACUGCCUCUAUGCAGUGGCUGCUCUGGGUCUUCCCAGUGAACUGAAGAUCGUCCAGGUGCUGGAGGAGGAAUCCAGAAUCCGUCUUUCCCAGUUUAACCAGAAGGACAUCUCCAUGGUGUUCAGCAGUGCCAUGAAGCUCCACCCGUCCACACAGCACCCGCUGGUGGAGUCCUGCCUGACCGGCCUGGAGAAGAACAUCGAGAAGGAGCGGCACCCUCAGACCCUCUUCCUGCUGCUCUCCUACUACAAGCUGAGGUCUCAGGCCCUGUCCCAGGACACCCCGGCCUCCGAGAAGCUUGUGACCGGCCGUAAGGUGCUGCGGCUGGUCAAGCACACCCUCGGCCAUGUGGGCAACGUGAGGGACCACGAGAUGUCGCUGCUGGACGAGAUGUUGGCCGCUUGCGUCCGUGAGGCCAGCAACAAGUCGUUGGAGAUCAUCUUCAGCUCCCAGCUCUUCUACGAGAACCGACAAGAGAAGUUCAUCGUCAGAUUGGCAGAAGAGCUUCCCAAGAAGGUGGACAAUGUGAGCCCGUAUACCAUGGCCCUGAUAGCAAAGUACAUCGCCCGCCAUCGCCUGAGGGAGACCAGGUUACUGGACACCAUCGCAGAGUUCCUGGUCAAAAAGGGAGAAUAUCUGGACAGUAAGGUGAUUCAGAAGCUGGUCUUUCCUUUCAGCCGCAUGAAUUACAAGCCUUCCAACCAAGCCAAGUUCUUUGACAAGCUGGAGUCAGUGCUGGAGGUCAAGGUCCUGAACUCGCCCCUCGCCACGGUCAACAUUGUCAUGUCUAUGUUCCAGCUCGGACACUUCCCGGGAGCAGUGCUCCAUCGCGUCUUCUCCGCACCCUUCAUCAACAACGUCAUGAACAGCCCCUAUGCGCUGAUCGUGCGCCGGUAUCUCUCGCUGCUGGACGCUGCCAUCCAGCUGGAAUUCCACGAUUACAAAGGCCCUCGUCUGGAGGACAGGUACAAGGUCAUGAUGUUCGACCACGUGCUGACAGCUGACGAGGUCAACAGGAAGUACAGUUACAAAGGGUUGGUCGCUGAGGCAUUGAGACAGCUGAUUGGAGACCAGUGUUACAAGCAGGAUGAAGUUGUGGCCCCGGGCUAUUACACAGAUUUUUUACUCUGGUUAAAUGGCUCCGGCAGCGUCCUUCACAUUGCCGAGACCACCACCACCGCCGACACCCCUCUGUGCCCUCCGGCCUCCGACACCAAGCCAUCCGAGGGUCCUGGAGCCCUGCCCAGCUCUGCUGAUCUCCACUCCCUAACCACCGACUUCCAGAAGUUUUCUCCGUUCAGCCACGUGGAGGGGAAGCCCGCGGGAAAGGAGAAGCGAGCGGGAGAGCUAGCGGCCGAGGUGGAUUUCCUGACGUGUAUCGGGCCGCUGGCCGGCACUGUCCGUUCGCCCAUCGAGUACUCGCCCUACUACCCACCCUCGGACUACUACAGCAGCUUGACCAAAGAGCAGUCACUGGAGAGCCAGGAGAGCUCCACCCUCAGCAGCCCCUCUGACUGCCUGAACCAACCGACCAGCGCCCCUGACUGCUCUCCCGUCAUCAGCUCCACCUCCCUCUUCCAGUUCCCCAUCGGCAAGAUUCUGGACGAGGACGGGGAGGAGGUGUCUGCGGCUCAGGGCCAGGAGCGAGCAGCAAUGUUCAGAGCUGAGCAAACCGGCCACGAUUUCUACGACACCGCUCGUUACCCCGAGAGGCAGGGUGGGCCGGGGUCAGGGGACAUGGGGAGCGCGGGGACAACCCUCCGUCUCUGCAGCCCCCCGCGACCAGAGAAAGAAAGGCAUUUGGACUCCGAGAGCUCACAGAAAGCCAACCGCCUCCCACCCUCCACACACAGCAUUGUGGUGUCAGUCAACAACAAAUGGCAUUACUGCCACAACUCAGACAUCCUGGUGGGGUCCCGAGCAAUGAGGGAUCGACAUCUCCAGCUGCUGGGGUACACCGUGCUUCAGUUGCCUUACCAUGAGCUGGAAAAGCUAAACGGAAUCGAAGAGGUGAAGCAGUAUUUAAGGGAGAAACUGCUUGAGCUGAGGUUAUGACGACCUAUAUUCAGAGAGUCCACAAUGCUCUGUGUGGCACUGGAAUGCGAGGAGAUCGAUCAGUGCUCACGGCGGUGGGAGCAUUUGAGCCUUUUGUCCCCCGCCUCCUCUCUCUUCCCCCCCCUCCCUCCUCUCUCUUCCCCGCCACUCUCUUCCCCCCACCCCCCCAUUCUUUGAGAGUGAAGGAUAUUCACUGUUAGUACUGUCACAACCAGCUGCCGCCAUUAGCUUCACACUGUCUGUGGGUCAAACUGGGGCACCCACUGCCAUUCUCGCCUCCGAAAUAGAGAGUGUAGGUUUGAGCCCCCCCAAUGUCAAGGGGCUUUGAGCUGAGUGUCUAGGCUGAUCCUCUGCUCGAGCCCUGUGGAAUCCUGCAGUGUACUGGUAAGAGCGUUCACCUCACAAGUGAAAGGACCCGGGUUCGCUUCCCGGGCAGGGUGAAA